GACUAUUUGUAUUACACAUUGGGCCACGAUUAUAAUGUCAGUAUAAAUUAUGUAAUGGACGAUGAUUAUAAUGUGUUGUUCAUUACUCUUCUGAACAAUUGUCUCAGUAGGUGUAUAAUUGACUAUAAUUGCCUUAAUAAACAGCUUAUUAACAACGAAGGAUCAAAUGUUGUACUUCGUAACCUCUUGAUACAGUUUACCAGAGUUCAGAGGGAGAUUUUCUUAAAGCUUAAGGUUAUUUUCGACCUAACUAAAUAUGAGAAAAGGAUAAACAAGCUCCUUCAGGAGAUUAACAUCGACUACUUCAAUCAAAAUGUUGUUCAGAAUCUUAACAGAAACUUGUUAUCUCUUAGCAACCAGGUGAAUGAUCCUCCUCCAAAUAUAAAGCUUUCUGUCGACCUCUAUAACAACUUAAGGUACGAAAGAAUGCCUGCAAUGAUGGCGGAAAUCGCAAAGUCUGUAAACACAAUUCCAGUCAUAAAGUACUCCGACGAGGAAAUUAAAUCCUGUAUCUUUAACAUAAAAUUACACUUUUCAAUACACUUUCAACAGUAUAAAAUGAGUUACUCUAAUAAUGAUGAAUCUAUUGAUGAGGAAGUGGAACCUGGAAAUGGAGGUUCAUCAGUUGGUGAAAUACGAUUUAUUAAUAAUAUAUGUAAUUAUAGACGGAAUAAUUACUUUGAUGUGGAGAUACUAUUUGACUUUAAAAGGUAUCAAAUUAUAUUUGUAUCGGUUCUGGGUCAAACUACUAAUUCCCCGACCCUUAUGGCAUACCUAAACCAGGUACUGAACACGAGAAGUGGGAACGUGUUUAUGGUCUUAGACAGCGCCAUCAUGAAGUAUGUAAACAAGCUAAUUUUGCAAAACUUGUAUAAACAGACUCAGGCUUAUUACAGUGCAGGCCACGUGGUAUUUAACUAUGACUAUUCAGAGGAUAAACUGGAAGUUCACUGCUUUAAAGAGUCCCCAACUGUGAUUGAAUUCUCAGUCAAUCGGAAUAACAUACCCGUGUUCAAAAUUAACAACACAUUCAAGGAUUUUGCUUACGAUAUUGAUUUAAACUCCUACAUCAAACAGAUACUACCAGACUCAUAAUCUUGUACCAUAUUGUACACAAUUUAGUUAUAAGAUUAUCUUAGGUUAUAAAGUUUAAAAGUGAAUUUAUUUGAUUAUUAA